AUGUCGGCUGAAGGUGGCGAAAGCAAGGCUUUGUCCGCCGAGGACAAGAAGAAGAAACUGAAUGCGAAGAAUCGUAGUCGCAGUCGUUCCAUGAGUAUGGAGCGCAAAUACCGCGGAGUCAAGUUGACGGACGAAAUGAUUGCGGAAGAUCCCGUCUUGGCGGGCGUGUUUGAUGCGGCCAACGAAGACGACAUUAACAAAGUGGAAGAGAUUAUGGAGCACAUUGAAGAUCGUUAUCGACCACGACGACCGGCCGAUCGAUUUGUCGAUCCCAAUGGAGAUACCUGUCUCAUUCUUGCCAUUCAACACGGAUACAAGGAAAUGGUGGACAUGCUCAUUGACGAUUUCAAGGCCAAUGUCAAUGCCAAAUGGUCACCUCUCGUAGCGGAAUUCGAAGAUUCCAACAUCCAGCCACUCCACUUGUCCAUCAUUGCACUCGCGAAAAUCAACGAAAACAACGAAUCCGAUGAACUCAGGGAACAUCGACAGGAUAUUGUACUCAAACUCAUUGAUGCCGGGGCCGAUGUCAAUUGCCUCUCCAUCAAGGGAACCCCACUCAUGCUCGCACUCAAUGGAAACUGCAUCCCCCGUGAUGAUUGGGAUUUCCUCAAAGAGCUCGUCGAUUUACUCCUCGAUCGAGGUGCCGAUCCCAAUCUCAUGGGAGACGAACCCACCAAUUGUAGUCAUCCCCUUAACGGAGCCUGUUUCAUGGCCUUUUUCGGGACCGAAGAAUUACGUCUCGAAAUUGUCGAAAAGAUGCUCGAUCACGGUGCCGAUCCGGGCAUGUACGCACCCGGUGGAGGCGGACAAGUCUCCACACCAUUGCACAAUGCCGUCACGCGUCGGCAAUGGCAAGUCGUAGAACUGUUGCUCACAUUCCAACAGGGACAGGUCGCCGUGAACAAUACCCUCAUUGACAUUACACCGGAAAAUGGAUGCACGGCGCUCUUUUUGAGUCUCAACGAUCCAAAGAUUGAAGGACGACACAAUCAGGUACGAAAGACCGUCUCACUCUUGCUCCGGUACGGCGCCGACAUUCACAUAGCCAAUGCCGAUGGCAUCCCACCCUAUCAUGGAUUGGAAGUCAUGAAAACACCCAAAAUGCAAGCCCUCAAGACGCUCGUCGACGAGGCACCGGUGCCCACGGGAGACAAUCUGGAAGAAGUCCACGAUUAUUGGACGGCCCCCGCCAUGGACGAAUGGGUCGGCAGUGUCGGUGAUUACCGUGACGUUCAAUGUCCCGUCUGUUUGGCCUGGCGUGAUGACAAGCAACAGGAACAGGAGGGAGCCGACUUUUCCCUCUGUAGCCGUUGUGGACAACAGUGCUACUGUUCGCGUGAUUGUCAAAAGCUGCAUUGGCCCAUUCACAAACAGCUCUGUGCGCCGCGAGAUGAUUAA